AUGAGCUCCGAUCCCUCGAAAACCGGUGGCCUAGCCCUUGAGAGCUUCCCAACCACGCAACCAGCCAUUCGGAUCAAGGCCGGACUCGCCGGUCAAUUGCCCUGUGGGGAGAUCUACACAGGCUCGACGCUCGUCGGUGUCCCUCUCUCCCACGGUACUAUCGAGUCGGUCGAGGGCUUCGAGCCCAAGCUCAACUUCAAGAUCAGCAACGGCCACGACUGGUUCCGCAUCGACGCAGAUAAGAAGCAUGGGCGCCUGGGCAUAACGGCCAUUGCUACUGAUGCGGAAGGCCGGUGCUUGCGCGUCGUGGCCGACGGCGUCGUCGAGUUGAACGAGCCUACUUUGGCUUUGAUUAUGGGUCAUCCUGAAGCAAAGAGUACCCCAUUCGGCUCUGCAGUUGAGCAAAUGAGAUUCGAGUGUGGCCAUGAACCUUAUAAGCCGCUUGAAAACAUGAUGUUUGCUGGAAGCAUGCGUUUCCUGAAGGAAGCGAGUGGUGAACUAUUUGCUGAUAUCCGAUUGUCUACGAUUGUUGCAGGCUCUGGUUAUGAAUGA